CGUGUGCGUAAAAAUUUACCCUUAGUGGGACGCUGCCAACGAUCUGUCAAAGUCGUUAAACGCCAUAAUGAAAGUUGAAAUACGAUCAUCAUCCGGAAUGAGGGGACAAUGCCGGAAUCGUUCGUGAAUAGUCUGAACUUUCCACAAACGACAAAUACGAAAUAGCAAAAAUGUGAUUUUCUUUUUACACAAGUGAAAAGUAAGAGAACGAUAACUUAAUUGUUCUAUAACUCGGCUAUUAUUAUGUGUUUGCUUAGUAUGGCGUAUCCCCAUUAUAUUGUGAAAAACAGACUUGACCAUAAACUUCCCAAUAAUUGCCAAAACAGAAGCUGCAUGGCAUUGUCUUUCAAUUUAAAUUUCAAUAUAAAACUUUAAAACCCAAAUGAAAACCCUUGGGGGCUCUUUUCAAAUCAAAUAAUUUCUAAUGUAAUAUCCUAAAAUUAUUGUUGUAAAUAUUCAUAGUAUUGUAUAUUGUUAGUAAUUGAAUUAUAUAGUAACUAUUGAAUGGAGCGAUCUAGAAAUUCACCAGGCCUCAGCAUGAGCAUUUCUCCAGAACCCUACCGAAGAAGAUCUAAGUCAAAAUCACCUCAUUAUCACAAUAGGAAUGAAAAUAGAAGACACAAUGGACACACAAAUCAUGCCAAAAGAUAUCGCAGACGAGAACACAGAGAAGACCGGUCAAGACAUGGUUCCGAUUAUGACAGUGACUGGGAAAGAGAAACCUACGAUUUAGAAAAAAGAAGUCAUUCAAGAAGCCCGAUACAUGAGUAUCGAGAAAGAGACCGAGAUAGACGACACUACCACAGAGGUCGAGAACGAGAAAGAGAUCGAGAUUAUCAUAGAUACCGGAGAAGAUCAAGGAGUAAUGAUUCAAGGUGGGAGAGGGAAGAAAGAAAAUCUGAUAGAUAUCGAGAUGACGAUAGCGACAGUGAAAGAAGUCCUGGUGGAGGUAUUAUUGGCGCUAGCGGUUCAGAAAUCAUUGGAUACAAAAGUCAACCUCCAAACAAUACCAUUAUGAUUAGAGGAUUAGCUCAACAUAUCACAGAGAAUGAUAUAAGACAAGAUAUUAUUCAAGGAGGGCUAAUGCCAAAGGACAUUCGGUUAAUUCGGAAAAAAGACACAGGUGCCUCGCGCGGUUUUGCCUUUGUGGAGUUCUCGACACUACAUGAGGCAGUUCGAUGGAUGGAGACGAAACAGGGGAUAUUAAUGCUACAAGACAACUAUAGAGCUAUAAUGCAAUACAGCAUACCGAAAGACGCCCCUUCGGAAAAGCCCGCAACUAACAAGGCUGCUGCAGAUUGGUUUUGCAUCAAGUGUGGGGCUCAGAAUUUCAAGAGAAGAGAAAACUGUUUUAAAUGUCAUGCCUCAAGAAAUGAAUCUGAGGAAGGAGGCAGUGGAAGCGAUGAAACUUGUUCAUAUACUACCAAAACACUCAUGCUUAGAAAUCUUGACGCGUUAACAACUGAAGAUGCUGUCAUUGCAGUACUGAAUAGCACAAUACCAGACUUGGUAAAAUUAAUAUCGGCUGUAUGCAUUGGACGAGACCCUUUAACAUCUACGUCAAGGGGUAUUUGUUAUUUGGGUACCGAAAGUACUGUUGAUGCGCUAGCAAUAUUUGGCGCCUUAAGUGGAUUGGCUCAACCUAUGUCCAUCGAGGGAAAGACAGCAAUUAUAUCGUACUGUAAAUACAAUAUGGGUGACACCAGAAAGGCAUAUUCACAAGUAGAUCAUGCUGCAUUUCCCAAUGCCUCCAUCCCACAAACUUAUGCAUUAGCGGACGUGGAUAGCUUAGCUGAGUAUUCUGCCACAAGAUACGCCAAAACUCCAGAUGAAUAUACCCAUUAUUAUAAUUACUACAGACAGUUCUUUACCCAGCAAAUUAAUGAAGGCAAUUCAAUCACCCUUCAUAACGAAAAUCAAAUGGAUGCGGCAAAUGCCGCAGCUGCAGUCGCGCAAGCUGCAAUUCAGCAGAUGCAAGCUACUAAAACUUACUAUGAACCCAGCCAGAUGCAGAUGCCAACCGGAACUGACGGCAAAAGAUAUGCUGUGCCUGAUAUUUCGUCCUACAUCUAUGAUAAAUCAACUGGCUUUCAAUAUGAUCCGUCUACAGGUCUUUAUUAUGAUUCUAAAUCCACUUACUACUGGAAUAGCGUAAUUCAAAAAUAUCUCUUUUGGGACCAUGAAAAAUUCACUUACGCCCUUGCUCCAACUUACAAUAAUACAAGUUCAGUUAACGCUGCCUCUAACACUUUAAGCACAAAUGAGGAAGAAAAAAACAAAAAUUCUAAUAACGCUAAAGUUCCAGGAGAGAAACAUGAUAAAGUUAAAGUAGCGAAAAAAAUUGCGAAGGAUAUGGAACGAUGGGCUAAGACGUUAAAUCAGAAAAAGGAUUUUAUAGCAGUCAAAAAUGUAUCUGAUAACAAUUAUAUAUCUACUAGCGCAAGUGCUGAUAUUGGUUUCUCAGUGCUCGAGAAAAAAACAGUAGUUUCUCCUAAUCCUGCUUUAAAGACCGAUAUUGAUGUUCCUGAACCAGCUGUAGGACCAUUGGUGGCGUCUUAUGGAGAUAGUGAAUCAUCAGGUGAAGAUGAUGAGGAAUCACUGCUGGAUUUCACAAAAUUAAUCUGCAAUCUUUGCAAGCGUCAACUGGGCUCAGCUGAAGCCCUUCAAAAGCAUGCCAAGAUGUCCUCUUUACACAAGCAAAAUUUAGAAGCGAAAAGAUCGAAGAAAGCUGCUGAAUCUGCAUCACAACCUAAUAAAACUGUGUACAGAGAUAGGGCCAAAGAGAGAAGGAUGAAAUUUGGAGACCCCGAUGAAGCUCAGCCAAGUAAAUUAAAGGAAAAAUACUUAAAAACUUUAAAUAGCGAACCUCCCGUUCCGUCAGCUUCUGUGUUAGAACCUAUUGGGUCUGAAAAUGUUGGAAAUCGGUUAUUACAAAAAAUGGGAUGGACAGAAGGACAAGGCCUCGGCAAAACUAAUCAGGGAAGAACCACUAUCAUCCAGGCUGAACAGUAUGGCUCUUCUGUGGGGUUGGGCAACAAAAUGCCAGGAUACACAGCAGGAGAAUCCUAUAAAGAUUGUGUCAAAAAAAUGAUGUAUGCGAGGUAUCAAGAGUUAACAGAAAGAGAAAAUAAUGGAAACUAAAUGUCCUUUAGGAAACCUUGAAGUGUAUAAGAAAUGCAAUUUCUGGAAUAAUGACAGAUUGGCAUAUUUAUAAUGAAAUUAUUAUUGACCAGGGUUUUGGAUAUGCUCAUAUGUGCGCGAUAGUUUUUUGCAUUAUAUUCAAUAGCCGUAACAGUUCACAAUAUAAUGUGGCUAUUUGAAUGUUCUAAUACAAAACUAAUAAUCUGUUAAAGAUAAUUUAAAAAUCUAAUUAUAAAGGCACAUAUAAUAUGUAAAAAAAAAAACGGAAAUUAUGUGUAUUUUAAUGUAAUCGUAUUGUGUUUUUAUCAGAAAGCAUUCAAUUAAUGUGCUUAUUUAAAUGCUCACAAAUUGUGUUGCUAGUGCUGUUACAGACUACAUAUUUUUCAUAUAUUUACUUACAAUUUUUAAUUUUUAAAAAUUAAAUAAAUAGUAAGUUUCUAAUUUUUAACGGUUUAAUCUUCAUAUAUUUAAAAAAAAAACUUUAAAUUAAUUCAAUUCUUAGUUGCUAUCUUGAAUUAUUAAUAGCACGCAUUAAUUAAUAACGUUUGUGCAGCUACAAAAAUGUUACAUUAUUUUUAAAUAUUUGAUCUAUUUUUAACAAACUUCAAUUAACACUUUAGGUCGGCUGUGAAGUUACUUAAGGCAAUAAAUUUAUCGACCUGUUUUUUUUUAAGUGUUGAGUCUAGCACUGGUGAGCAAAACUAAACCUUAAAUGUAACGAUAUAAUCCCAAUCUACUUCAGUCAGUGGUUGUUAAACGUAGAUAAAUAGAUAUACAUUUUUAAGCUGUCUAGUAACCGUCUGACUGGUGUGCAUUACCAAUGUAAAAUUAAACUAGAGUAGGGACAAAAAUAUAUUAAGUUCAAAAAUAAGGCUUUAUAGGAUACAUUUUGAUAUUAGAAAUAGCAGCCAUCAGAAAAGAUAUAAGUUUUAAAAAUAUUUUUUUUAUUUCACAAAUCUUUAUUUUACACAUAUAUUUUACACAGAUAACAGAAUUUUUUCAUUGCUUUGAUAUAUCGUAUUAGAUAUAUUUAACUUAAUUAUAUAAUUCAUUUUUAGAUAGGCCUUUUUUAGCUUAGGUAUUUUGCUUUUUUUAAAUUCAACUGUACCGUAUAGUGAAUUAGGAACUAAGAGUAGGCUUCAUUUUCAGGAUAAUCGCUUAUGCACAUUGGAUGAAAAAAUUUGCUACAGUUAUAAUUUUCUCUACUUUAAUGUUAACGCAUAUUAAUUACAAUGUCAAUUAUUAUGAGUAUGUGACUGAAAACACAUUAUUUAUUCAUGUCAUUUGUUCAAUCUCGAUUCUGUAUUUCUCACUAAGUUUGUUAAGUAUAUUACCGACUUGACAAUUUAGAAAACAAGAUCCUCAAUUACUCAAAACAAAAAAAAAGCCACUUGAAAAAAUUUAAAUAAUUUUUUGUGUAAUAGUUUUUUGAAAAAGUUAUCGUUUUCUCCUUUAUUUGUGAAUGACUACUGCAAAAAACAUUGUAAAUGCCUUAAAGCUGUCGGUCUAUUUAGGAAUAAAAAAUUCAAAUUUCAAUAAGAAAAUAAAUAAUGAUUUAUUUAUUCCAUCUUUUAAUAAGGCGGUGUCUUAAAACUAUGCUUAGUAGUAAGUAUGCCAUCCUCUGGGUCUGAAAACUUGAGCACAAUGGCUGGGCAUACUCUCAAUCAAGUUUCUGAUCAACUCCUGGGGUAGUUGUCCCCAUUCUUGGAAAAGAAAAUCUUCACAUUAUCUAAACUUCAGCAUUAUCGUGUUGUAAAAUGAAAUCUAUUCCCAUAUUAUCCGCAAAAGGAAUCACGUGUGGUGGUAAAAUUUCUUCUAAGUAACGUAAUGCCGUUAAGGAACCGUUUUCAACUACCACUAAGUCGGUGUGCCCAUUUAAACAUAUACCAGUCCAUAACAUAAUACACCCUCCGCCAAACCGAACAGUUUCUUGCACAGCUGAGUCGAAAUACCGCUCAUCUGUUCAUCGCUAUACCCAAACUCGCCCAUCGUGGUGAUGUAAGCAGAAUCUGGACUCAUCCGUAAACAAAACAUUACUCCAUUGUGGUAUUGUCCAAUGACGAUGUGCUUUGGCAAAAAUUCUUCAAGCUCUUCAAUGCUCUGCUGUCAAACGAGGCUCUCUAACCGGUCUCCUAGCACGCAACUGAGACUGAUGAAGUCUAUUACGUACUGUUUAAUCAGAAAUUCUGGUUCCCGUUGUAGCUGCUAACCAAUUCUGAAGCGCCCGUGUAGUGGUUCGUUCCCUAAUCGCCCACGGACUUAAUAAAAGGUCUUCUCGAGGUGAUGUGGCCCUUUGACGUUGGGUAUAUGGCCUUCUUCUGAUAAUCCCCAUAACUUAAAUACUGAAUCCAUGCUCUUUUUAUAGCGGCUCGACUCACAUUGAGAAUUUCUGCGAGUCUUCUUCUGGAAUAACCUUCCUCAAUUAACGUUACGGCCCUAGCGAUUUCAACUUCAUUCUACGGCGUAUUCUUCUACCUAGCACAUCAAUAAUAAUGUUUUCACAGCAAAGUUUUAACUAAGAGUGAUAAAUACAGGCGCAAAUUUUUAAGAUGCGCUGAUAAAGUGAACUGUACGAAGGGUCAAGUCUAUACAUUGUGAUUGUAAAAUAAUAUUUUCGCUUAAUUACAAAAUACGUGGAAUAUAAGCUUAUGGAAUAGUGGCUCCUUGUUCGUUUUGAGUAGUUUAUAUGCAAAUUUCCAAAAUUAAAAAAAUCAUACUUGUUUUUAAUAGUUUUUAUUUAAAUGUAAGCCUGACCGUUCCAGUUUGUGUUUGAGAUUUUAUAUAAUUUCAUAUCCUGACUUUUUGUAAUCAAAAUAUUUUAUUACGGUUGCCUUUUAAAUAAUUGCCAGUUUUGUACGUAUAGAAAUAUAGAAAUUCACAAAUUAAUAACAAAAAAUUUAGACAGAUUUAUCUAACUGAGAAUAGCUUUAUCGUUCUAGGCCGAUGUCGGGAUUGUGGGAUUAUGAUUUAGCGCAUUUUUUCACCUUUUAAAUUUAUGUAGUUAUCUGUGAUAUAUUUAAAUUAUGAGCAAUUGGUAAUUCUUUAGGCUAGUUUUUCUUUAUUCUUUUGUUUUUUAAUAUUUACUCAAAGUAUUCCAACACAAAGACACGUAACUAUUUUUGUUAAUUAUCAAAUUAAACAUAUUUUUUUUCUUUUUUUGUUGGGAUAUUUUCUUUUUAUUAUUGAAUUAAGUUGAAAAGAUUUUAUUGAUUUUUUGGAUCACAAAAAUAUAGGUUGAAUUGUUUUAUAUCUUGAAGUCAUAUCUUCUGUAAUUAUAUAACUUAAAUUAUGUAUAGUUUUAAAACUUGAUAGUCUUUAUAACUUCAUUGCUAAGUCUAAACCCCAUUUUCGGUGAAUACGUCGUAGUUCUUAAUUCUUGAAUCGGUACAUUAUCGUAGAAUUAGUAUCUGAAUUAUGUUUACAAUAAAUUGAAACUUGUACAUAGUCGAUUUCUUAGGAAUUAGAAUUUAUAUUAUGCUGCAUUGAUUUAAUGAAGAAAUUGUUAUUAAUUAUGGUCUUAUUAUAGUGUAUUGCUUAAUUGGGA